AGCAGUGAGUGGGUGAAGGACGAUGGCAUCUGGUCAGCAGGAUUGGGACACACAAGAUGAGCCGGAAAGAAAAAAGCAGAACCUUGAGGAAGACCAGAAGAGCAGCAUUGCUAACACUGGAGUCAGUGUUAAUGUGAAUGCUGAGACUGGAGGAUCUGUAAAUGCUCCCGUACUCACUGGAAACAUCAUCACUGCUCCAGUGACCAUCAACUACAGCACUGGAGGACAUGAGCCCCGAAAAAUCUCAGAGACAGAGGCAGCAGAGAAACACACCGAAAAACAAGAUCUGAUUCUGAAAAAAUUCUUGGAAACUCACAAAGCCAACAUGAAAAAGAAAGCAGAAUGCAUUUCUGAGGGAAAGAAAGAAAAUGAAGCAAAUCUCCAGGCUGUUUACACAGAGCUCUUCAUCACUGUGGGAGAUAUGAAAGAUGUUCAUCAGGAACAUGAGAUUCUGAAGAUUGAUGAUGCUAUCAACAAGAAAAAACAAACAGAGGACAAACCAAUCCAAUGCAAUGAUGUAUUUAAAUUAUUAGAAGACAAGAAGAAGAUUGUGCUGACUAAGGGAGUUUCUGGCAUUGGAAAAACUGUCUCUGUGCACAAGUUCAUCCUGGACUGGGCAGAAGGAAAAGCCAAUCAGGAUAUAAAGUGUGUGUUCCUGCUUCCAUUCAGAGAGAUUAACUUUAUGAACGAUGAAGAUUUCAGUCUCCAUGAGUUUCUGCUGGAAUUUUAUCCUGAACUGGGGGGCCUGGAGAAAACCAACUUAUAUAAGGAAAGCAAUAUAGUGUUUAUUUUUGAUGGACUUGAUGAGAGUCAUCUGCCUUUGAAUUUUAAUACUAGAACAUCAACAAGAGCCAUUGUUGAGAAAAGAUCAUCAGUAGAUAUGCUGUUUACAGGUCUGGUCAAAGGUCAGCUGCUUCCAUUAGCUCUGGUCUGGGUGACAUCACGACCAGCAGCAGCCAAUCAGAUCCCUCCUCAGUAUGUGGGUUUGUUCACAGAGGUGCGAGGAUUCACAGACCAACAGAAGGAGGAGUAUUUUAGAAAGAAAAUCACAGAUGAGACCCUGGCCUCCAGAAUCAUCACACACAUUAAGACAUCUUGUAGUCUCUACAUCAUGUGCCACAUUCCUCUGUUCUGCUGGAUCACAGCCACAGUACUUCAGGAUAUUCUCAUCAAGAACAGUGAAGAGAACUUCAGCACAACACUCACUGAAAUGUACAUCCACUUUCUGCUGAUACAGAUGAACAUCAAAAGCCAAAAGUAUGACGUAAAAGCAGAAAGAGAAUAUACAAAGAACUUAGAUUCAAACAGAACAAUGAUUUUAAAGUUAGCCAAGCUAGCAUUUGAAGAGCUGAAGAAGAAAAACAGUGUGUUCUAUGAGAAAGAUCUGAAAGCAUGUGGUAUUUUUGUGAGUAAAGACACUGAGUUCACAGGAAUGAUCACUGAGAUCUUUAAGAAGGAAGAUGGACUUCAUGACAAGAAGGUCUUCUCCUUUAUGCAUCUGAGUGUUCAAGAGUUUCUCGCUGCAGUGCAUGUGUUCCUCUGUUACCUGAACAAAAACAUGCAAGAGCUUGAGUUUUUCUUUGAUAAGCCAGAAGAAAAAAGCAAAUUGCAGAAGCACCAGGUUUUCUCUGAUGAGCCAGAAGAAAAUAGCACAUUGCAGGAGCACCAGUUUUUCUCUGAUGAGCCGGAAGAAAAUAGCACAUUGCAGGAGCUUCAGUUUUUCUUUGAUAAGCCAGAAGAAAAAAACACAUUGCAGGGGCUACUGCAGAAGGCUGUUGAUAAAGCCACGGAGAGUAAGAGAGGACAUUUAGACCUGUUCCUGCGGUUUCUGGUGGGCAUUACACUGGAAUCCAGUCAAAACCUGCUCCAAGGUCUGAUCACACACACUGAAGACACCACAAAGAGCAUCAGACAAACAACUCAAUACAUUAAACAAGAGCUAAACAGUUACUCGAUCUCAAAUGAAGCUUCAGUCAACCUAUUCUACUGUUUGCUUGAGCUCAAGGAUCGUUCAUUAUAUGAGGAAAUCCAGAGAUACCUCAGUUCAGAUGAACAUCCGGGAAGAAAACUCUCAUCUUCAAUGUGUUCAGUGCUGACCUAUAUACUGCUGAUGUCAGAGAAGGUGCUGGAUGAGUUCAACCCAAAGAGAUUCACAUCAUCUUCAAACUACAAGAGACUCAUUCCAGCUGUGAGAUGCUGCAGAACAGCACUAUUUGAUGGCUGUGGUCUUGAUGAGACAUGCUGUGAAACUGUAUGUUCAGCGCUCCACUCGUCAGACUCUCAUCUGAGAGAGCUUGACCUGAGUAGAAAUCACUUGCAGGAUUCAGGAGUGAAGCUGGUGUAUGAUGGACUGAAGAGUUCACACUGUCAGCUGAACAUAUUGAGGCUAUGUGGCUGUAAUCUCACUGUUCAGUCCUGUGAAAGUUUAUCAUUAGCUCUACAAUCCUCAACCUCCUGUCUGAAAGAGCUGGACCUGAGCAACAAUGACCUGAACGAUUCUGGAGUUAAGCUUAUUUCUGAUGGACUGAAGAGUUCACACUGCCAGCUAGAGAUACUGAGAUUUUCCAUCUGUAAUCUCACUACUCUUUCUUGUGAGAGUUUGUCAUCAGUUUUACAAUCCUCAAACUCCUUUCUGAAAGAGCUGGACCUGAGCAACAAUGACCUGAUGGAUUCUGGAGUGAAGCUUAUUUCUGAUGGACUGAAGAGUUCACACUGUCAGCUGGAGAUACUGAGGUUGUCUGGCUGUAUGGUGACAGAGGAAGGCUGUGGUUAUUUGUCUUCAGCUCUGAGUUCAAACCCCUCCCACCUGAGAGAGCUGGAUCUGAGCUACAAUCACCCAGGAGAUUCAGGAGUGAAGCUACUCUCUACAAAACUCAAGAAUCUGAACAAACUCAAUGUGGAUCAUGGAGAAGAAUAUUACGUAAUUACAGAAGGACUACACAAAUAUUCCCAUCAGCUCACUCUGGAUCUGAACACGAUGAAUACACUCCUCCGUCUGUCUAAUGGCGACAUAGUGAUUACUCACACUGACAUAGAUCACCAGUAUCCUGAUCAUCCAGACAGAUUUGAUGGUGUGCCACAGGUGUUGUGUGAAGAGAGUGUGUGUGGACGCUGUUACUGGGAGCUACAGUGGAGUGGAGAUGUGGAUAUAUCAGUGUCAUAUAAGAGCAUUGGCAGGAAGGGACAGGGUAAUGAGUGUAUGUUUGGAUCUAAUGAUCAGUCCUGGAGUUUGUGCUGCUCUCCCUACAGUUACUCUUUCAGACACAAUAACAUAUUGACUGUUCUCCCUGUGGAGCCCACAAGAGUGUAUGAUGAUGAUGAUUUCCGUACAAUGGGAGUGAAUGAGGAGGAUGCUCAUUAUAUCAGAAGUAUAGGAUUAUAUGAUGGUGAUGAUGAUUAUGAUAAUGAUGAUGAUUUCAGUAGAAUAGAAGUGUUUGAUGAGGAUAUCAGGAGAAUAGGAGUGUAUGUGGAUCACAGUGCAGGAACUCUGUCCUUCUACAGUGUCUCUGACUCAAUGAGCCUCAUCCACUCAGUCCAGACCACAUUCACUCAGCCGCUCUAUCCUGGGAUUAGGGUUGGUUUUAGAUCAUCAGCGAAGCUGUGUGAGACUGGCGAGAUAUUCUACCCAUAAUGCUUUAAGCUGCA